GCACGGUAAGUGACUCGUCUCAGUGUCUUCCAUUAAGUCCGUUCGAAACAACUUCGAACGCCACCGCCGCCUUAUUGAUAUACGGAAACACAUCAACUACAUCGUGAUAAUUGGCAUAUACUUUUCAUUCGCCGAAAACCUAUACAGGUACAUAGCGUUUUACUGUUGAGUUCGGAACCACUGCAAACGACUGUCGAAAAUGCGCGAAUGUAUAUCAGUACAUAUUGGCCAAGCUGGUGUCCAAAUCGGUAACGCGUGUUGGGAAUUAUACUGUUUGGAACAUGGAAUUCAACCUGACGGACAAAUGCCAUCGGACAAGACGAUCGGUGGCGGAGACGAUAGUUUCAACACAUUUUUCAGCGAGACUGGAGCUGGUAAACAUGUGCCGAGAGCUGUGUUCGUCGAUUUGGAGCCAACCGUUGUCGAUGAAGUGCGUACCGGCACAUACAGACAACUGUUUCAUCCCGAACAGUUGAUCACUGGCAAAGAAGACGCGGCUAACAACUAYGCCCGUGGCCACUACACGAUCGGAAAGGAGAUCGUGGACAUAGUGCUGGACCGGAUACGGAAAUUAUCUGACCAAUGCACCGGGUUGCAGGGUUUCCUGGUGUUCCAUUCCUUCGGUGGUGGCACCGGUUCCGGGUUCACGUCACUGCUCAUGGAACGACUAAGCGUGGACUACGGGAAAAAGAGUAAGUUGGAGUUCUCCAUUUACCCGGCGCCACAGGUGUCAACUGCCGUAGUCGAGCCCUACAACUCCAUACUGACCACGCACACCACACUCGAGCACUCAGAUUGUUCGUUCAUGGUGGAUAAUGAGGCCAUCUACGACAUAUGCCGCCGGAACCUGGACAUUGAACGGCCCACGUAUACUAACUUAAACCGAUUAAUUGGCCAGAUCGUGUCUUCCAUCACAGCGUCACUGAGGUUUGACGGCGCAUUGAACGUCGACCUGACAGAGUUCCAAACGAAUCUGGUGCCGUACCCGCGAAUCCACUUUCCGCUGGCCACAUACGCACCGGUGAUAUCAGCCGAGAAGGCGUACCACGAACAGAUGACCGUGGCCGAGAUCACCAACGCUUGUUUUGAGCCGGCCAACCAGAUGGUCAAGUGCGACCCGCGGCAUGGAAAAUACAUGGCGUGUUGCAUGCUGUAUAGAGGCGAUGUUGUGCCGAAGGACGUGAACGCGGCCAUUGCCACCAUCAAGACAAAGAGGACCAUACAAUUCGUGGACUGGUGUCCAACCGGGUUCAAAGUGGGUAUCAACUACCAGCCUCCGACGGUGGUGCCGGGUGGUGACCUGGCUAAAGUGCAGCGGGCCGUGUGCAUGCUGUCCAACACAACGGCCAUCGCUGAAGCCUGGGCCCGGCUUGACCACAAGUUUGACCUGAUGUACGCGAAGCGGGCGUUCGUCCACUGGUACGUGGGCGAAGGCAUGGAGGAAGGCGAGUUCAGUGAGGCCCGUGAGGACUUGGCUGCGCUCGAGAAGGACUACGAGGAGGUGGCCACCGAUUCGGCGGACGGUGACGAUGGAGACGAAUACUAACAACCACCUACACCACCUCAACCGCCAUUACCGCCGCCGUUUCAACAUCAGUCGUUCGAUCCCGCAGACAACGAUCUCUCUGGUCACAGAAAUUUCCGUCCUCGAGUCUCGCUCGUACGAUGACAAUUAUAAUAAUGAAAUAAUAAAAUAGUAACAAUAACAAUAAUAGUCAGUACUCGAAUUGGAAAAAUUAAAAAGAGUUGAUAUUAUAAUAAGUCGUGAAAAAAUUGUGUCUAUUGCAAUGAUUGAACUCAUCGUAGACAACUCUGACCCUUUACCCUCCUCUGAUUCAAGCUCUGAAUAUUAAUCAUUAUUAUAAACAUCUUAAAAACAAUACAUAAUAAUAUAUAGGUAUUAAAAUUAAUUUCCUCAACUGACAACAGACGUGUUACCUAUUGUUGAAAUGGCUAUUUUGAAUUUGUUUUUCAAAUCCUAUACUAUAAAUAGCUUUUAAUUCUGAAAAUCGAAUAAUUUACUUACAUUAACACUCACAACUAAUCGACCAUCUGUCUAUACAUACAUAACAUUAAUACACGGUGCUUAUUUUAUAUUAGCUAUAUUAUUUAUAUACAAAAUUGUAUAUUAUGCGUUGAUCGGUGGUAUAAUGGACUGCAUAAUUUUUGUAUGGUGGAGGGGGUGGGUAGAGUUCAUAAUUAUCAACAAAUUAUUCUAUAAAAAAAUAAAAAUUGAUAGGAAUUUCACUAAUGAGUAUGUUUUUUCAUUGUAAAAUAAUUUAAGAGGGCGAUAUUUGAACUUCCUACUCACGACUCCGUUGUUAUCUCCGUGCGUAUAAUAAUCAGACCGUUUUCAUCAUAUAUUUAUUAGAUAAUAUAUUAAUAUAUAGUAUCUCCGCGUAAGUAUAACGACUAACUGUACUUACUGGCUAACUACCUAACUACCUAUACCUAAAGAUAGUUCUAUGCGAUUUUAUUUUAUAAAAAUUUUUUUUUUAGCUUAAUAUAAUAACAUUUACAUAUUAUAACUUAUUAAUUAUUAUCGAGUUUCGAGUAUAUACGUUAACUAACAUAGAUA